UGCAGUAAGACAACGGGACAAGAAAACUUGAAAGGUGUCUGGAUGAUGCAGUGUUUGAACAGGAUUUUAACCCUUUAUUCUUCAGUGCAUGUCGCAAUGCAGUCAUUUCCUGCACAUAGAAGUCGUGUUGUUUGUUUCAGCAAUACCAACAACAAUUAAAGGACCAAACUGUGAAUGUGACUCCUCGCCAUUACCCAAGAUUGUUCCUGUCAGCCACACCAUGUGCACAGGUAUAUAGAUUAUGCUUUAGUAAGUCUCAGCCUGAUUUGUGUAAAUGUUAUCCCCCAUUCACAGCAAGAGGAAGAAAACUGAUUUAUAAAUAAUGUGUCUGCGUAUUUCACUUUUCAGCAUUUGAUGACAUUUUAUGCAACUUUCUAUUGGCUGCAGUAGCUUUUGUAGUUGUGCGUAUUCCGUGCCAUGCAGCUCUGGUGUUUAUUCUGAUUGGCUGAUAUCUACUGAAGCUCAUACUCUGUACACCUUCACAGUAACUUUAAAGACGGAGCACAGUUUUGGAUGAUGGCGAGGCGUCACGCUCACUUUUCCACCCUUACGUCCGUUAGAGCCACACAUUGGAGUUGGAGUGGAUUUGUACUUGUGUGCUGAGUCGUCUCCAGUUAAUUUUUCAUUCCCAAAAUCAGCGCAUCACCUCAACCAUCCUUUCUCUCCCUUUGAAGACACCAAGGAUCUGAACAUCCAAAGGGUUAAAAUUCUUAAAACGCACCUUCGGCCGUAGCAAGCGAUCCACCGAUGAGCUGUCAGAAUGUGUUUACCGUAGAGAACUGUUUGUAGCUUGUGCCUUUUGGUGCCAUGGUGUCAUUGUAUUUUGUUUCAUGUGUCUGUCCUCUUAUUCCAACCUGCCUAGGUGGAGAAGCAUUGAGAGCGGCACCACUAGAAUGAGGAACUCACCUGAACGGUACUCAAGGGUGAGCUAGCCUUGCACAGAGUACUGUCUCCUCUCCUGUAGCUAAAUGUAAUCACUGGAGAAACACUAGCCAUAAUUUUACAUUGCUUUUUUUAUUGUUUCCUUACUAAUAUACUGUCCUUUAAGUCAAGCUUCUUUUUUAAAAAUUAUUUUGGUAGGAGUGUGGUUUUUCUUUUCCAGGCCAUGAAGAAGAUGAGUCACUAAAACUGACAGAAAAAUGAGUGGAAAGAUUAAUUGUUCUCAGUAUAGUAACACAGAAGAAAUCAUGUACAGUUAUAAAAGCCAAUUGGCUGUUUGAUUAAGCCAGAAGGCUGACAGUUGAGGAUUCGCUAUAAAUCCUAGGCCGUGCAAACACCUGCUGCCUGACUUGGCUUACUGCACCAAAAGCACCGCAGCUGUCUGCAUACAAACUGAAUGGGGUUGGGGGGUGGAGGAGAAAUGGACAUUUCCCCUCCUACGCCACUAGAGGUAGCAGCUCCGCACCAGCUCGACUAGUCGUCCAUUGUUUCUUGAUCCGACGCUGCAUUUAUUGGCCAUUUUCCGAGUUGAGAAUGUGUUUAUUAGUCGGCUGAUAUCAACCAGACAAGCUGCUUUUUAAACGUUUUCCAGUAGCAGCGGGGACACGGAGUUAAACCUUGUGAAAUUGGCUGAUGUUGGAACAAUGGGGUGCGUCUCAAAACUGGUGUCUUUUCGCUUUAGCACCACAGGAUGGCAGUAGAAGGGCUGCAUUAUUUAUUUGUUGCAGGCAGUAAAGGAGCUGCCCCCAUCCAUGUGAAUGAGUUCACAGAAUUGGAAGGGACUGAUUGCUGUGCAUCAGGCCCACCACGAGACGAGGUGUUCAACACUGAGGUCCACAAUCCAGGCAGUAGCUGGCUUUCCUACUUGCAAUGCAGCAGAUAUCAGGUGAAGCAGAUUGAGAAGCGAGACUCGGUGUUAACCUCCAAGCAGCAGAUUGACAGACUGCUCAGACCUGGCGCAUCGUACUUCAACCUCAACCCCUUUGAGGUGCUGCAGAUUGAUCCAGAUGCGACAGACGAUGAAUUGAAGAAAAGAUUUCGGGCGUUGUCCAUUUUGGUCCAUCCAGACAAAAAUCAGGAUGACCCGGACAGAGCACAGAAAGCCUUUGAAGCGGUGGACAAGGCUUACAAACUCCUUCUGGACCCAGAGCAGAAGAAGAGAGCCUUAGAUGUGAUCCAUGCAGGAAAGGAAUAUGUGGAGCAUAUGGUAAAAGAGAAAAGGAAACAGCUGAAGAAAGAAGGGAAACCACAGGAUGUGGAGGAGGACGACCCAGAGUUGUUCAAACAAGCAGUUUAUAAACAGACCAUGAAGCUGUUCGCAGAGCUGGAAAUCAAGAGGAAGGAAAGGGAAGCAAAGGACAUGCAUGAAAGGAAAAGGGCGAGAGAGGAAGAGAUCGAGGCAGCAGAGAAAGCAAAGCGAGAGAGAGAAUGGCAGAAAAACUUUGAGGAAACAAGAGAUGGCCGUGUGGACAGUUGGAGGAACUUCCAGGCUAAAGGCAAGAGCAAGGAGAAAAAGAACAGGUCUUUCCUCAAGCCCCCUAAAGUCAAGAUGGAACAGAGGGAAUGAUGCUGUAAAAUUGGACUUCACUAGAUUCAAAUCCACUGUUGAAAAACAAACGAACCCCAGUUCUGUGUAUCGUCACCUCAUCGUCUGCAGUCAGCCGUGUUCUCCUCAUCACAGUCAUCGGGACACACGACGACGACGUCCUCAUCCUGACCCUGACAAAACGUAGUUUUGUACUUGGUUUUCUAAAUGUACAUAUUUGUGACCUGGAGGCAGAGAUCAUAACCGUCUCGUGUAUGCAAUGAUGCAUCUUCCACUUAUGUAAUUGAUGAGGAAAAUGUGGUUUGCCAUUAUUUCUGCGUUUUGUUCUUUUGUCUUUCUUUUUUUUUAAACUAAAUAAAGCUUGGUCUUAACAAGCCGACCUCA